UGCGCAUCUCUUCCAGUUUAAAAGAAACAAAAUGAAAAGCUAACAAAAAAUAAAUAUUAUUACGAGGUAUUAUUAAAGUUCGUAGGUGUAAGGCAUAUUUUUUAUGUAUGCUUUUUCUGUACGCGUCAAGGAAACGUACUCUCGACUAAAUAAAGGAUAAAGAACAUUUUCAAGGUCAAUAAUUCACGUCUCUCUUAUAGUCAGUUCAUAUGUGUGAGUAUAUAUAUAUAUAUAUAUACUCAUAUAAUAUAGAAUAUACAUAUAUAUACUCAUCAUGAGUGUAUAUAUAUAAUAUGUAUUUUUGUUUUCCAUGAGAUAAUCUCCCUUCUUUUUCUUCUUGGCGAAGAGACAAUACACAUGUCUGACAAGCGUAUCAAAAAAAACGUCUUAUUGUUAAUGCUAACAGCGUAUAAAAAUUUAAAAAAGAAACAUUCUUGUUCGGACGACAGUGGACGAGCCGUUGUGAUUGGCCUAGAGUAUUAUCUAUUUCUUAUCAUCGAGUAUGCAGUUAUAAGCGACUACACGUUAUGGCACUGCAUUUCUCCGCAAACGGGGGAAGUACCUACUUACAUGGCCGGGAGCAAGUAAUCAAAGAAGCACGUAUAAAAUUCGCUGUUCCAUUUCGUUCAUUUGCAAACGCUACUCUAUCACUUGUAUAGGCUUUCGCAACGGGCGCAAGAAAAAGAACGUAUUAAAACUAUAAUAUCGAUACUGUACGUAUAUCACACUUCGAUGCCUAGGUUGGAACGUUUACCUUUCUUUAUUAGUAGUUGUUCCACGUUCAGUUGUGGCGGUUCUGUGCGUGUGUGCCACACGUAGACCUGAAACAAAUUUGAAGAAUUAGCAUGUACCAUCGUUAGUUCAAUGGUAGAGAACUUAAAGGAUUCGUAAAUUUGACUAAAUGUUUCCUGUUCUUGAUAGAUUAAUUAAUUAAAUAUGUAAUUAGAGUGAAUACGAAUCGCGUUAUACGGUGAACACUUGAAAAAAAUGUUUCAUAAAUUAUAUAGCAGGUAUAUGCAACGGUGAAAUUUAUAGUAAGUGCACAUCUGCGUGACGGAAAGUAUGGUAGAAAAGUCAUAUUGCGCCAUCAGUGGCGAAACGUUCAAGCUACUAGCCGAUUGGUAUUAUAGUUGAACCAUGGCAUGGCGCCACCAUGAUGUUUCAUCAUUAAUUCUAAUAAAUAUUAGGAGUAAUAUAUUAACUAAAAAAUAUAAUAUGCAUAAUAAUUAAUAUUGGAUAAUAUCAGUAUAGAUAUUAUCAAUCAAUUGGACCUCAAUAUAACAUUAAUCACUACUAUGAAACUGAAUUUUUUUGUCUUAUUUUUAUAGGUAUUCUUUUUACAUAUUAACAUUUUUUACCACAAAAAGUUAUUUACUAUGACAGAUUGCUCAUUCUAGUUUUCUGAUGUUAUACAGUUAAUGGAAAUGAUUAAGUUGCUACGAUAACGAUACAUUAACAUCCGGCGACACCAUAUGGCGUCACGAACAAUAAUAAUAAGCGUUAACGUUCUAUGACGUUAUAUGGCGUCAUAAGUAUCGCGACUUCUUAACAGCGAAUAAAAUGUGUUUUAUUUUGAAGUUUUAAAUGUUUUACAUCGUUUCAUUAUUGAGACUUCACAAUUGAAUAUAUAUAUAUUACAUAAUGUUAUCAAUUUUUUUAUACAAAUUUUUACUGGAAAUUCAAUUAUUUGUAUAUACGACCAACGAGAAUCCAAUUGUUCCUACUUUCAUAUAAUACUGUAUAGAUUUUAUAAUUCUUAAAAAAAAUGACGAAUGAAGAAGAAACUUUCCUAUGGGAAAAUUAUGAAGAUUGUUUGUCUGAUGUACCAAGUAACUAUGAAAACUGUGAUGCUUUAAGUGAUAGUGACUUUAAUUCCUUUAGUGAUAGUGAUUUAGAGGAUUUAACAUUAAAUAACAAAAAGCGAUCUCAUAUCUUACAAACACAAUCUAGCGAUUCAGAAGAAAAGGAUGACAAUCCAUUAGAAUGGUCUGACGAUGACUCGCCUAGAAAUAAUGAACCUUUUGAAGGUUCUCCAGGCAUCAAAAUUUGGCCCAUUUAUGGAGAAAGUAUAGAGCAAGUUGCCAAAUUAUAUUUCACAGAUGAUUUGUUUCAAAUAAUUGUUACAGAAACUAAUAAAUAUUAUGCAAAGAAUUCAUACAAAUAUAGAACCUCAAAAAGCACUGGAAAGUGGACUGAGCUAACUAUACCUGAAUUAAAAAAAUGGUUUGGUUUAAUCAUCAUAAUGGGUCUAAUAAGGAAAGGUAAAUUAAUUGACUAUUGGUCCACCAACCCAGUCAUAGAAACACCAAUUUUUUCUAAAGUCAUGAGCCGCAAUAGAUUUCGUCAAAUAUUGUCAUGUUUACAUUUCUCUGAUAAUGAUAAUAUGCCUGGUAACGCUGAUAGAUUGUUUAAAAUACAGCCAAUUGUAAACCAUUUCAAACAGAAAUUUAAUGAUGUUUAUAAACCUAUGCAAAAAUUAUUAUUAGAAGAAGAUAUUAUACCUUGGAGGGGCAGAUUGAAUUUUCAAGUAUAUAAUCCAUUUAAAAUAACAAAAUAUGGUAUUCUUAUUAGAAUGCUAUGUGAAUCUAGUACAGGCUAUGUAUGCAAUUUUGAUAUUUAUUCAGAUACUAAAAGUUUGGAAAGCACAAUAUCAGCACUUGUAUCAAAUGUUUCUAAUAUGUGGUAUCAUAUCUACAUGGAUAAUUAUUACAAUAGUGUUGAAAUUGCAAAACAAUUACUAUUAAAGAAAAUUAAAGUAUGUGGAACUAUAAGAGCAAAUAGAGGCUUACCUUCAAGUUUAAAAAAAAGUAAAUUGAAUAUGUUUGAAACUCGAUUUAAACGUCAAGGAGAGAUACUCAUUCAGUUGUGGAAAACUGACAAAAAAAAAGAUAUACGUAUGAUUUCGACAAUACAUAACUCCGAUGUAAUAAAUACUGGAAUUAUAAAUCGCAAGACCGGUCAACACAUUCAAAAACCAAAGUGCAUAAUAGAUUACGAUCAACACAUGAAAGGAGUAGACAGAGCAGAUCGAUAUAUAGCGUGCUAUCCAAUUUUCAGGAAAACUCGAAAAUGGACAAAAAAAGUUGCUUUAUAUUUAUUCAACUGUGGCUUAUUUAAUGCCUUUAAAGUUUAUCGAAAUAUUAACCGUAACAGCAAACUUAAAUAUAAAGAAUUUUUAGAAAAUAUUGCUACAGCUUGGAUUGAAGAUAAAACGGUAUUAGAAUCGGAGCCUAACCUCGAUAGCCCCUCUAUAUCAGGAACGUCUUCUGUAACGCGCACCCCGCGUUUCGAUUCAUUGCAAAGAUUUUCAGGUGAUUUAAGACAACAUCACUUGGUAAAAAUAGCAGGAAUGUCGAAAAGGAUACGACGAAGAUGUAAAGUAUGUUAUUUAAAUAAAAUUCGAAAAGAAACAUCGUACAUGUGUAAACAUUGCAAAGUGCCAUUACAUAUAGGAGAAUGUUUCAAUUCAUAUCAUCUAAAGGAACAUUAAAAAUUCUGUUUGAUAUUGAUAUGACCGUCUUUGUAAAAUAAUGUGCUCAACUGAUAAAAUGAU